GUUCAGUUUGGGAUACAUUAUGGAAAGACCUAGCUCUCUGGAAAAAUCAACAAUGCUGAGAAAGAUGGAAAGAAAGAGAAAAAGAGGAUGGCAAGCAAUAAGCAGGCAAUUAGAAAUCAGGAAUGAAACUGAGAUUACAUAAAGACUUUGAAGAAACAAUCCUGUUGUCAUGAGAAACCAAACUUUUAUAAAGGAGUUUAUUUUCUUGGGUUUUUCAAACCAUCCUGAUCUCUAUAUUCUAUUCUUCUUUAUGUUCUUAGCAAUCUACGUAAUAACUUUAGUGGGAAAUACUCUGAUCAUUAUCUUGAUCAAAACUGAUGUGACUCUGCAUGCACCUAUGUACUAUUUCUUGACAAAUUUGUCCUUUCUAGACAUUUGUUAUAUUUCUGCCACAAUCCCCGUUAUGCUCAUUAAUUUUUUUCGACUGAGGAAAACUAUCUCAUAUAUAGGAUGCAUUGCCCAAUUGUUUUUCCUCGUUACUUGUGCAGGAACAGAAUGUGUACUGUUGGCUGUCAUGGCAUAUGAUCGAUAUGUGGCUAUUUGUAGUCCUUUACAUUAUUCUAGCAUCAUGAACCAUAUUGCUUGCAGGAAGAUGGCAGGGUUCUCCUGGUUGUGUGGUUUAGCAAACUCACUGGUGCACACUCUUCUUGCUUCAUCGUUAACCAUCUGCAAGUCAAAUCAGUUCAGCCACUUCUUCUGUGAUGUCCCUUUGCUUCUGAAGCUCUCUUGCUCAGAUACAUCAGUCAAUGAAGCUGUACUCCAUCUAGCCAGUGCUUUGAUAGGACUCACCCCCUGCCUCUUUACACUUAUCUCCUACAUCCGCAUCAUUGGCACCAUUCUGAAGAUCAAGACCUCCAAGGGCAGAGCUAAGGCUUUCUCUACCUGUGCUUCACAUCUGGUUGUGGUUAUAGUAUUUUAUGGUACUGCUAACUUCAAUUAUAACAGGCCUAGUUCAGGAUACUCUCUGGAUAUUGAUACUUUGAUUUCCUCUCUAUAUUGUAUUGUGACACCCAUGUUAAAUCCAAUUAUUUAUAGUCUUAGGAAUAAAGAGGUAAGGGCCAGUCUAAUGAAAAUGAGAAAAAUAUUUUUCUUUGGCAGUUAGAACUUGAGCAGAGAAAAAAAAGUCUACAACAUUACCAAUAUUUAGGACCCAGGUGCCUAAAAUAUAUACCACUCAACCUAGACAUUAAUAUCAACUGUGAAGGCUCUGUUUAUCAUUUCAUUGGAUGAUUCACCCACCUAAAGCUUUAGCGCCCCAGUUAUGGAACACUUCCCAAGAUAAAUUAAACUGCCCUCUCCUUGUUUGUAUUUUACACUGAAGAUAAAUCUUUUUAUUCAUCCAUUUUGAAAAGACUAACAGAUCCAAGAUUAGGCUGCAAUUUACACUUAUAUAUUGUGUGUUUUUUAGAAUGAGUUACAUUUUAUUUUUUAUAAUUGUUGUUAAUAAUUAUUGUCUUAUUAUUAAGACAAUUCUAUUGUUAAUUCAUAAAUACUUGCUUAAAAUAAUUUUAUACUAUUAGUUUUCCUAUGGUUUCUAAUUAAGGAAGCUG